GUGACAUUGCAGCGUAGCCGAGGUCACAGGCAUAAUGUGCGUCGGGAUUCUUUUUGGGCUACUUUAGCAAGUUUAAGAAGCGCUAUGCAUGUAUUUUUUAAUUCAGUUCGAAGAUCGUAUUGAACACAUAUCGGAAUAUUUCUCGUUUAAGUGAGAUGUCGGGGGACUGUUCGAAUGCACAGGAUGGAAAUGGAAGAGUGAGCAGAGUCAUCAGAAUGGGGACCAGGAAGAGCCAGCUGGCCCGCAUCCAGACAGACUAUGUGGCUGAAAAACUCAAGACUCUGUAUCCAGAUGUCCAUCUGGAAAUAGUUGCCAUGUCCACAAUUGGUGACAAAAUCCUGGACACUGCUUUAUCAAAGAUUGGAGAGAAAAGUCUUUUUACUAAAGAGCUGGAGAAUGCUUUGGAGAGGAAUGAGGUAGACCUUGUAGUGCACUCUUUGAAAGACCUUCCAACUACCCUGCCAACAGGGUUUACUAUUGGAGCUGUGCUUCAACGUGAAAACCCCCAUGAUGCAGUAGUGCUUCAUCCAAAGAAUGCUGGACUCACUCUGGACGCCUUGCCAAGUGAGAGUGUGAUUGGGACAAGCUCUCUGCGCCGGGCUGCCCAACUAAAGAAGAGGUUUCCCCACCUGGAGUUUAAGGACAUUCGAGGUAACCUCAACACUCGUCUUAAGAAGCUGGAUGAGAAGGAAGACUACGCUGCCAUUAUCCUAGCAGCAGCAGGCCUGAAGAGGAUGGGCUGGGAGGGACGAGUCAGUCAGAUUAUGGGACCUGAUGACUGUAUGUAUGCUGUUGGCCAGGGGGCCCUGGCAAUAGAGGUGCGUGCGCGGGAUCGUGACAUCCUGGAGAUGGUUUCCACCCUGCACCACCCAGAAACAGUGCUCCGCUGCAUUGCAGAGCGUGCCUUCCUCAAACACCUGGAGGGAGGUUGCAGCGUACCAGUUGCCGUUCACACGGAAUUAAAGGAUUUAAUGCUCUCUAUGACGGGGGCAGUGUUUAGCUUGGAUGGCGCAGACAGCUUGAAGGAGGUUAUGCAGACCAGUGUGGACACUGGGAACCAGGUUGAAGAGCCAGCGGACACCCAGCAUGUUGGGGUAACAGCCCGCAACAUGCCACAGUCUUCCCUGGAUGCAGCAGAGAAGCUGGGAGUUGACCUGGCUACUUUCCUGCUCAGUAAAGGAGCCAUGGACAUUCUGACUACUGCUCGGCAGCUCAAUGAUGCCCGCUGAAGCAAUUGUUUAUUACUUCAAAGCACUGUGCAAGCAGUCACCAAUGUUUACUCUGCAUAUGGGCAGAUUCAACUACAUGUUAUUAAAGCAUACAUUUUUAUGACCAUAUUUGUCUAACUCAUGGGGAUAUAAAUGAAUGGAUGCCUAGAAUGUACCACUACUGAUCCAAUGUUCAACUGAUCAGUGUUUUGAUCCAGGAGCACUUGGGACAGCCUUUAUGCAUCAAGUUCAGCCAGAAUACAAACGUGUAACAAAUUCACUGAAUUUUAUGAACGGUAUAUUUAAGGAUUCUCCGUUGUGAACGUGUUUUAAAUGCUAUUAAA